AUGGAUCCUACCAUGCCAUUGACCCCACAGGAUCGUCUCUACGACGCAGUCCAGGCAAUCAACGAGGUGGCCACCCAGCUCAAUCGACGCCUGCAAACCGAAGAGUGUUCGGAAUCCGUGGACCUGGAAGAUCCCCACAACAUCGCCCAGAUCGUCCAAGGAGUCGGCUUCAUGACUCUUGCGAUGUGGCUGAUCUUCGCCAACAACUCGAAAGUGGCAGUGGCUCAGAAGGCUCCGUUGGAGCAAAGGCACCAGAUCUGUGCCACCAUCAGUACCGCCGUCGCCCUCUUCUCCGGCUUCUUCAACAUUUUGCAGUUGACCGCCAUUGACGACUUCGACCUCCCCGGUCGAGGGAGCGCCUUCACCCUAAACUUGUCCCGCCCCGUGGAGUGGAUUCUCACCUGUCCCAUCAUGCAGCUGAAGCUCGUGGUGCUGGCAGGUGCUCGUGUUCCGAGUUAUCGCCGCUUCAUGAUGCCAUUGAUCUCUGUGGCCGUUUUGCUUUGUGGAACUGCCUCCAUGUUCACCGGAGAUGCCUUGCGCUACGCUUGGUAUGCCUUCGGCCUCUGCUUGGCAUUCAUCAUGUUCUGGCACAACGCGAUUCAGAUCAGGGAGAACAGUGAGGGCGAGGAGUCGCUCUUCCACGGCGAUUCCGACUUCCGCAAGCUGUCCAUCGUGCUGAUCGUCACCUGGUUCCCCUUCCCUCUCUGGUUCAUGAUGAGUGUGGAAGGUUUCGGACUCAUCACGGAUGGCUUCAUCAUCGAGAUGGGCUGGGUGGUCCUGAACAUUGUCUCCAAAUUCCUCUUCAUUAUCAUGAUGCAGCUCUACAAGAUGAGUCACCAGCGCAAGAUCGAGGCGGCACGGGAGCUCUACGGCCUGUCCCCAUCGGACGACGUGAAUGAUGAGGAUUUGAAGAAGCAGGCCCUGACCAAUGGAGUCGCAAAUGGAGGCGUGAAGGCCGAAGCCUAUGGCUUGGGUGUUGGUGAGGAGGCAGAGAGCGAGCUGAAGCUUGUGGAGCUGGUGGCCGAGACCAUGGUCACCCUUGGGAUGAGCAGCCAUACCGACCGACUUUUAAGGCUGAUGGUGGAGAACGGGGUGACGAACACGGCGGUCCUGGAGCGCUUGAAUGCGGAAAGGUGCAUGGAACUGAACCUGCCCUAUGCCCUCAUUGAUGCAGCCCAGCGCCGCUGGACGGCCGAGAAGAUGAACAUGGGCCAGGACAGCGGCGGCUCCAUUGAGAAGGAGGACCCUUUCAAGAAACUCCUGGAGGCCAACAAGGAGCGCAUGGUGGGCAAGAACUUGGCUGGCUCCUUGCCUGGGAUGUACUCCGGUAUGGCGACUCCACCCUUGGCAGGUGCAGGCAUGAUGGGCAUGGACCCCGCUGCCAUCGAGGAGCAGUUGAUGACCGUCAUGAACCGCGUCAUGGUGCCCUUCCAGGAUAUGAUGAUGAGCCGACUGCAGGUUCUGGAAGACAACGUGCAAAGGCAGCUUGAGACCACGCAGGAGGCCAUCUCUCAGCGCAUGGACUUCUCCCAGGUCUCUCUUCUUCAGACUGUGAACGCCUGCCAAGUGCUCCUUCACAAGCUCGACUCCUCGCAAGAGACAGUCAUGCAGAAGAUGGACACGCAGAAGAGCAUCGUCGACCGCAUGGUGGAAUCCUAUUCGGGCCUGGUUGAGAACAUCGACAGCGCCAGCGACAACACCAAGAGCGCUCUCCUGGACACUGUGAACACCUCCUCCGCUGCCAUGCUGAAGAAGUUGGACACCACGCAGCAGGAUCUCCUGAAGCAGACCCACGAAUCGCAUGCCGUGCUCCAGGGUGUCGCACAAACGCAGACAACUUUGGCCAAGAAGGUGGACUCAGGAAACGAGUUCACGCAACGCCGCAUGGUGGAGAUGGAGACAAAUAUCGGCAAGAAGCUCUCCGAGGUCGGUGAAAGCACGUCCCGAACACAGACGAUGUGCUCGGACAAAAUCCUCACCUCCCUCCGAACCGAUUUGGCUACUCUUGCGGAGCAAGGCAACGCCAUGGUGGAUGCCACCGAGAAGUCAGCCAACGCACAGGAGGAGCGCAUGUCAGAUGUCCGCCGCCAGAACAUGAUGAUCCUGGACUUGUUGACUCAGGCGCAGGAAACAAUGCACACAAGUGCUGAGUCCCUGCAAAGCUUCACACGCACGGAGAUCAUGCGUGAUUCCGCCGCGAACAUGGAGAUGCAAAUCCGUGAUGUCAUCAUGAAGCAGAUGAGCAAGAUGCAGGAUGCCUUCUUGGGCGAUGGGGAAGAUGGUGGCAGCUCCUUCAAGGAUGCUGUCCACAACAUGGUGGCGCGCUUGGAGGAGAGUGCCGCGCGCAUGGAGACCGCCACCGCCACGAACUCCAGCACCGCCGGCAACCAGGCCGAAAUCACCGAAAGUAUUCGUCAAGAGCUGGCCGCCUUGGCGAUGGCGUUGACUCAACAACAGCGUGAGAGCUCGCAAGAGAGCCUGACACAAGUGAGCGAAGCUCUGCGCAAGGAGCUGACGCCUUUGAAAGACAACCAAUCGCACGUCACCGGCACUUUGGAUGCGAAAGUCUCCGAGAUCCAGAACUCCAUGACCGAGAACAUGAUCCGCUUUGAGAUGGGCAUCGACAAGGUCUUGCAGACAGUGGAGGCUACAGCUAAGCCUGCGAGCGCUGCUAGUGACAAAAAGAGCACACGUGGGGCCGACCGUGGCUGA